AGCAGCUCUGCUCUAGUCUCCACUCACUCACUGCACUCCGAGAGGCGCUCCCGACAGCAGUGGGUAUCGUGCAACUCAUCCUCACCGAGUUGGAGCGCCACAGCCGGAGCCGAGAACCGCCACUCAGCCACCGGAGAAGAGCCACCAUGUCUGCCUACGUGUCCUCGGAGUGCCGCCGGGUCACCCCCUCUGCCCACGGCAACAAGUUCGACACGGCGCACCGCAAGAAGGCUGUGGCCAACAUUUUCGAGAAUGUCAACCAGGACGCGCUGAUGAGGCUCUUCCAGAAAACGGGCGACAUGAAGGCGGAGGAGAGAGUGAGGAGCAUCUUCUCCUACACCCAGGACCCGGAGGAGACGGCCCGGGCCCUGAUGGCUCUGAAGCAGCGAAAGAAGGACAAGUUCCUCCAGAUCGCAGGCAUGGUCCGACAGCUGCUCAAACUGCGCUGACUGUGUUUUACCUUCAGCGUCUGUGUCUCUGUGGGCUCCUGUGGGAGCCGAAUGUAAAACACUCCCAAAGUGACUGGGUUACCGCCUGCUGCGGCUCGCCUGAAGCGUCAGGUGGAGGAGAAGGUGCAGCCGGCUGCCUGGAGGGCAAGCUGCGGCGGCUGUCGCCUCGUGGACGGAGGUGACAGGGGAGAAUCCUGCCUGGAGCGGGUGGAGCAAGAUGAGCUGACUGCAAGCAUGAAGGGAAUAAUGUCUUUCUCCAGACUUGAAUGAAAGCAUUCCUGUGGAUGCAUGACUGUGAAGCAGCACCUUGUGCAGGUGCAUCACUGUGUGGAUGCUGGUGCACAGCUGCAACGUGAGACUUUUUAGUGCCGAAGAACCUGCCUACAUGAACGCCUGUCCUGAACACAUGCCUUGUUACUGAGCUUCUCUUUGUUGUACAAUGAACACUGUUCAUUAGUGGCCACUAAUGUAUUAUUGUCAUCAAAAUGUCAUAGCACAAUGUGCAUUUCUGAAAGAUUCCUUUGUUUGUCAUUCUUAAUAAAUUAUUUCAUUGUAUAUCGAA